UAGAUACAUAUUUACAUGUUUCUACUUUUAAUCGGUUUUGUUCGGUUUAUUCGGUUUAAUCGGUUAUACCAAACCAUAUCCAAAUCCUACGGUUUUUAUAAAAUUAUAUCCAUUCGGUUUAUAUGGUAUAUACCAAAACCAAACCAUAUUGUCUAUUUCGGUUCGGUUCGGUUCGGUACGGUUCGGUUUUACCAUAUUGAACAGUCCUAUUUCUCACAAUCAUCAACGGCUCAAUAUAGUAAAAAAAAAGGAAAUUAUUGAAUCAUGUAAGGUUGGUUACAUUAUCAAAAACAUCACAAAAUUGGUUUAAAACCAGGAAAUAUCAAAUAAUACAAAGACUGACUAACAUUAGAUUAAACCGGGAGUAAAAUCAAAUCAGAUAUAUCUAUUUAUAAACGGAAAUUGGUUUAAUACCAGCAUUUUAGUUUUUGAAUACGAUAGCAUUCGGAAAAAAAAUUGCGGCGGUAAAACACAUAUGAAAAAAGUUUUUUUUUGAGAAAGCACAUGAAAAAAUUAUCAAAAACAAAUCAAACAAAAUCUAAAGCACAUGACAUUACCGUUAAUUAAUGAGAGGAGUGAAUGGUAAAAAAUCUGAAGUAAAUCUUUCCUUUUAUCACAAUCUUCAACGGCUCAAUUUAGUAAAAGAAAAGGGAAAUUAAAAAUCUGAAGUAAAUCUUUCCUUUUUCACCGUAAGGAAAAAUCUAUAAAUAUCACCCAUCCAAUUCAAUUCACACAGUUUCUCACGCAAUUUCUUUCGUUGUUGUUGCUUCCUUCUUCGUGUGCGAUAUAAAACAAGAGAGUGUUUGGAGAAUCAACAAGAAAAGCCACACCAUGCGAUCACCUCGUCCCUCCUCUUGUUCCAAGUGCUCUUCUUCUCCUUCUUCUACUCAUUCACUCGCUGCAACGAGUUUGAAAAGCAGACUGUUGACGAUAUUCAAGAAAGCUCAGGAGCUUACAACUCUCUGUGAUAUCGAAGCCUGCGUCAUUCAUUACGGACCUGACGGCGAACUGAAGACAUGGCCAGAGGACAGAGACAAAGUGAAAGACUUGGCUCUCCGCUACAUCCAGUUAGACGAAGCCAAGAGACGCAAGAAAAGCGUCAAUCUUUACGAGUUCCUCAACAAGAUGAAGGAGAAGAAGACGAUGAUCAACAAGAAGGCGAAGAGGAAUGUUGAAGAACUAAAGUAUCCAAUCUCUGAUCAUUACUCUCCCCACCAAAUCAACCAACUCAUUCACUCCUUGGAACUAAGUUACUCUACUUUGCAAGAAAGGCGUCGUUUUCUUGCGGCAAAAGCAAACUUGGAGGAUCGUCAACAUUCUUUAAACCCUAGCCACUUCACCCAAGAGUCUAUGUUGAAAAAUCAGGAGCUUUGUGUUAAUGAUAAGAACAGCAACAACUUUCAACAUCUUUGCGUUUCUGAUUACUCAGCGGUACAAGAAUCUGCGUUACGUUAUCACUCUAUGCUUUAUGAUCAGAACAUGAUGUGUAUGGGUAACAUCAACAACGUUCAACAUCCUUGGCUCUCAAACGCACACCCACCAGAGCUACAAGAACCUAAUCAGUUGAUGCAGCGUGAGCUUAAUUAUGGCUUUGAUCAGAAUAUGUGUAUGAGUGAUACUACCAACAGCUUCAGCGUUGUAGAUCCUUGUCUCCCAAACAUGCUUCCAGAUGAUUUCUGCUUUGAUUUUCAAGACCCUUAUGGUGGUAACAUGGUCGGUAACCCUAGUUUCUCUCAAGAUUUUUUUCCGGACAUGUCUUCAAGCUAUGUUUAUGGGAGCCGACUACUUCAGGAGUCUACUCUACCAUCUCUCUCUAGCUCCAACAUUACUAACGAAAACUCUGAGAUUCCAAGCAAUUUACCUGAUGAUCACAGAAAGUGAAGCUGUUUAUGCAUCUGCAUGUUUUUAUUUUGAAUACGCAUAUAUAUAUAUAUAAAUGUAACUGGAAAACAGAAGUUUUGUUCGGUUUAGUACACUAUUCAUAUAUGUAUGCAUGGUCAUAUCUUUAAUGAAAACUCGUAGAAAUUCAAUGCAAAACAAUUUAUUUUGAAACAUUGUGAUAUGUAUUUCUCUCGUUGAUUGUCACAGCAGAUCCUUUUUUUCUGAACAGAAUUAAAUUUCAAAACAUUUGCUUCUAAUUUAUGUUACUUCUUUCUCACUACUCUAUGACAACCAAAACUAAAACACCAAACAAAGACUACUCAUGUUAUGUAGUUGUUAAGACAAUGACGGAGAACAAUCAGGCUGUUGCCAGACAACGAUGUAAAGAAAGACCAGUGCUUUCAAGUAAGUACAUGUCUUUCGUCUUGCCACUACAAGAAAACACAAGUUUUACGAGGGCAGUUUUCCUCGCCAAUUCGUCGUAAAAGCAGUGUUACGACGAAUUAGCAAGGAAACCCGUUUCGUCGUUAUAUGUUUGUCGUAACGCAUAUAUCCUCGCUAAAUCGUCGUAAGUUAGCGAGGAAAUAAUUUCGUCGUAAAAGCGAAGGAGGAUAUUUCGUCGUAAAGACCACGUAAAGAUUCCUCGUAAGGACGUCGCUAAUUUUCCUCGUAAAGACCACGUAAAGAUUCCUCGUAAGGACGUCGCUAACAUUCCUCGUAAUUACCACGAAAAUCUUUCCUCGUAAGACACACGUAAAUAAAUACUCGUAAAAUUGACGUAAAUACCUUGAAAACUUUCCACGUAAAGAAAACGUAAAAACCUUGAUAGAUUUCCAAACGUUUCCUCGUAAAAACCACGUUAAGCUUCCACGUAAAGAAGCCGCAAAAUUAGCUACGAAUUUACUUCGUUUCAUUAUUUUAUAGAAAUAUAAAAAA